AUGAUCAAGUCUGGCAAAUAUUUGCGCCCCUCCCCAGAGGGAUUUGGGGCCAAGAGCCAGCAUUUCCAAGCUGUUUCCGGGCAAAGGGCCCUGAACUACAAGGAUCUGACCUUCAUCUUCAAGGAUGUCAGGAGUAACAACAAACUUUGGUUUUGUUGGCCAAAUGGGCAGGACCGUCUUGAAGUCUGUCUGGUGAAAGCCGUGAGCGUGGAUGGCCAGAUGUGCCUUAAUGAGGCCAUGUUGCCUGAGGACGAUUCCUCCUUGCUGGGCUUAGAUUCCAGGGAUGCAUGUGUUCCCCCCCCCCGCGGGCGCGCGCGCCAACUUUCGCCUUCUUGCCGGGCCUUUGCGUUACGCCGUUCUGUUUCACAGCCCCUGGUGCGGGUAACCAAUGACGAGAUGUGUGAAGUGUGUGAGGUGUGGACGGCAGAGAGCCUCCUGCCCUGCCGCGUGUGCACGAGGGUCUACCACGACGGCUGCCUGCACCGCAUGGGCUUCUUGGCCGAGGGCGAUGCCACCGAGGUCCUCGAGGUGGCCCACACGGAGACCGGCUGGAGCUGCCACUGCUGCGACAACCUCAACCUGCUACUCACAGAGGAGGAGAUGAGCAGCCUCUCCGAAGCCUUCCAGCAAUGCAACAUCACCCCUGAGAGCAGGCUGGGCCUGGAGGAUUUCUUGAGCUACAAACACCUGGCCGGCCAGCGAGAAGGCGAGCAGCCCAGGGACGAGGCGGAGGAGGAGCGGGACACCCUGCAGUUUGCGGCGCUGGACCCCGAGAAGAAGGGCCAGAUUGAGUGGGCAGAUUUUCUCUCCCACGAGUCGCUCCUCCUGCUGCAGAGAACGCGCACACAGAAUGCCCUGCUGCACCUGCUGACGAUUAAGGAAAGGGAGCGGGCACGCGCCACAUUCCUGUCGCUGGAUCAGCACGGAGACGGGCUGGUCAGCGAGGCCGAGAGCCGACGCGCCCAACACACGUGGUUCCAGAAGCGGCACAAGGAAACCUCCUCCUGCAACGUCAGCAUCAGCCAUGUGGGUCCCAUCUCAGAAAGCAGCCCAGCCAGCAGCAGCAGCAGCAAAAGCCAGGAGAAGGUGUUGCUGAGCACAGAGCCAGAGGAGACAUCCAGCCGAACUGUGGACUGGCCGACGUUUCUGAGGGAGAGCACCAUCUAUAUUCUGGCUGCCCGGCCCAACAGCCCUGCCGUUCACCUCCGGCCCUUGGCAUGAGAGGGCUGUUGGGCAAUGGGGCAGGAGGCAGAUCAUCUUGGCCCCUUGCAGCAUGGCAGGGAGGAGCGGCCACAGGCUCUGCUUCGCCCCAUUGGUUGAUACAGGUGGUGACUGGAUUGCUGCAGAGCCACAGAGGGUUCCACAUCCCCCCCCCAAUGUCAGGCUGUGUUGAGAAGUUGAUUGGCCUCUUUGCCCGCUGGCAUCUUUCAUCUCUCUCCUUACACCCAGGUCACCCGUUUAUAUGUGAGACCUCCUUGGGCAGAACGGCACCUUUCGACUGAUCGCUGGAAAGCUUUGCCUUUCUCCUUUCUGGUCGGCCAGUGGGCGAAAUGACCUUUUGCCACUUUGGCCAGCUUUGCAACAUGAACAUGUGAGUGUGGUCCAGAUCCACAUAUCCCCCUGCCCCAUUUCCCACCUUCCGCUUAGCUCCUAAUCCAAGCGUUCAUCUCCAUCGUCCAUGCAAAGGCUGAGUUUAUGUGUGGCAAAGCCGAUCUCUUGCUUCCAGGGUUCAGGCAUUGGCGACCUUCUGAUUUUUUUGGGGGGGGGAGAGGGGCAGGACAGGGCUCGACAGGAGAGUCCCUGCGGCCCUCUGGUUUCUGAUGGACCAAGGGGGCGAGGUGGCCUAGCCAUGCACGGACUUUGUGUUCUUCUUUGCUCUGGACCAGGAAGGGACAAAGCAAAGGUGUUCCCUGAGGGAGAGCCAGGCAUGUGUCCUGGAAGGUCCUUCCUCUCUGCCCCCCCAUCUGUGUUUGCUGGGCUGGCCUUUGGAAAACGAAUGGGCCUCCCUAAGGAAAUGGAUGACCCGUCGGUUCAGCCAUCUUUGUUUGCUUCCAGAAAACUUGCAGUUUGUACAAGAGGCACAGGCUGACCCCCUCUGCCACCUGGACCCUCGUCAGGUGGCCGUGUUCUCCCAUUUUCCCUCUCCCUGGGGAGUGGGGGGGUGUUUCCUGGUGGAAGGACAUUCUGGCACCCAUUGGCCUGCUCCCUUCAGCAGGGCAGAGGGUGGCCCAAAGUGGGCUUGGUGGCUUAGCCUGCUCCACACCCUGCCCCGCCCCAUUGGACUGUAGAGACCACCCUUAGCACUCCCCAAAAGGCUUCCUGAAGCCCAGCCAUGAGGCAAAGUUAACCGUCCAUGAACUGCUUGUGACGUUGGAGCAAGGGAAGGCCCCCGUAGGUCUGGCGACUCUUCUUUGGGCUGACCCAUGUGAUGCCUCCAGGGAAGGACCGCCACAAACAGGGAGGCUGGCCUGGCCUGGCCUGGUGCUUGGGUAGCCCCAGCAUGUGGGAAGGGUCUUCCCGCACGUAGCACAGGGACCAUGCCCUGAAACCCCCACCCACCCAGAUGUGACCCUUGGACUGUUCCACCAGCGGCUUCCAAGGAGGUGGAGAAGGAAGGACAAAGUGCUGGAUGGGCAGACAAGAGACAAGCACUAUUCCAAAGGCGGCAGUUAGAUGGUGCAGGCCACUGAUCUUGAGAGCCAGGCCUUCCUUAAGUGCUGAAAGAUACCUGCUUGUCCUUUUCACCUCCCGUAUUUUGCAGAUGAGUUUGCUUUGUUUUAUGAUUGGCCAUGGGGACCUCCUUUGCAAAACUGACUCCUCAAACACAUGGCUCUGAAGGAGUACUAUCACUGGAGACUAACGGGCUGUUCCAGUUUCUAGUUACGGACUGCAGUAAUUAGAUCACUAUUAAAUUGUCUAUCAAGUU